AGUGAGCGGAAGUUGUGUGCUUUGCUUGCUUGCGGAGGUCAAGUCUGUUCUUCACAUCAGAGACACUCAGGAUAAGUGUUGACUGCUGUGUGUCAGUGAUCACACAGUCAUGGCAAAGAAAAAGCAGCUUCGCCUCAUAGCAGAAAUGGCUCGGAAGAUCCGGGCAUACCGGGAGAUGAAGUCCCGGCCAAGGGAUUCCCAGAAGUAUGCCCUGGACUAUGAGACCAUGAAGCGGUCGUAUACUGGGAAGAUGCUGCCUGUGCUGGCCUGGCAGGAUGUCCGCAGAGAGAGCCGCCUCUUCUCCCUGCUGGCAGGCAUGAGGAUGUUUGGGGUGGGUCGCCUCUUUACCCGCAAGUCCUGGGUGGACGAUCACACAGAGCCCAGCUACUGGGAGAUCACCAAGGUCAAGGUGGACUACACAUCUGAGAACAUGGAUCAUGGCAAGGCAUGGGGAAUCCUCACCUACAAAGGGAAACGGGAGACUGAAGUCAAGGAGUUGGACAAGGUGGUGUACCACGACUGGCGCCUGAUACCCCAACACGCAGAGCAGCAGUUCAGGGACUUUGAGCCUCUCCCAGAGCCGCCUGUGCGCCAUGUCCCAUACCCUCCGCUGCUCCGUGCCAUGCUGCUCGCCCAGCACAAGAAAACACAUGGCCAGGCAAUGACAGACGAGCCACUUAUGCCUUUAAAGAAGGAGGUUGUGCUCAACAAAGACUAUUUCCUCAGGCAAGACCUAGAGAAGCAGAGGAAUGAGGGAACGCCGGUGUGAGGCUCAGCAGGGUUGUGAAGCUGAAGGACAUUUUGGACUCAAUCAGUGUUGACAGAAGUAACAAGAAAAUCUUCUGUCCUCGCCUCGCCUGAUAAAUCCUGGACUCAGAUUAGUUCUCUGCUGUUGUCAUCUGGAGAAAUCCUCUGUGUGUGUAAGAUGUAUCUAUGUAAUGUGCUGAAUAUUAAAGAGAUAAAAUAAGGUGA